AUGGCGCGGAGGUCUGCAAAUUGCGUGAGAUGUGUGGUGAUAUUGUCUGUGGUAUCGGCUUUGGUCGUGUGUGGACCUGCUUUUUAUUGGAAAUUUCAAAAUGCUUCCGUUGGAUCUGCUCGUAGUAACUCCAUUUGUCCUCCAUGCGUCUGCGAUUGUCCUCCUCCUUUGUCUCUCCUUCAAAUCUCUCCCGGGCUUGCAAACCUCUCUGUUACAGAUUGUGGAAGUGGUGAUCCAGAGCUCAAACAAGAGAUGGAGAAGCCGUUUGUGGACCUUCUCACAGAAGAGCUGAAGCUGCAAGAAGCAGUUUCAGAAGAGCAUAGUCGUCACAUGAACGUUACACUCGCCGAAGCGAAAAGAGUGGCUUCUCAAUACCAAAAGGAAGCAGAGAAGUGUAACGCCGCCACAGAGAUUUGCGAGUCAGCUAGAGAGAGAGCUCAAGCAUUGUUGAUCAAAGAGAGAAAGAUCACUUCUUUGUGGGAGCAGAGGGCUCGGCGAUUAGGUUGGGAUGGUGAGUGA